UAAUGGGGAGAAAAGCGGUCCAUCGUCGCGAGUCGAGUCUCUGCGGUCAGUCGAACUGCUAACCGUGACGCGGACGAUUCGAGAGCCGCCGCCGUCGUUUCGAAUGUGUGUCCGACCCAAAACGCUGGCCCAACGAGAUUUGGUCGUGCGUUGUGUUGAGGUUGACCUACGCGCUUCGUCAACAAGAGCGGCGAGAAAAGUGCCCUUUUCCGUGCGUUGAUUGUCGCCCUAUACUCCUGUGAUCGGAAGUUUAAUUAGAUUGAUCCAAACGGGUUGACGGAUUCCCGGUGGAUUUCGGGGACAGCAUCGACCACGACAACGACAAGCGAAAACAUAAUUGGAAUACUGCAAUAAUAAACCUAGAGUGAGGAAAGAGCGACGACACGGCUUAGUGAAAUACAGGUGCGUCGAAGAUGUCUUCGUCCUCGUACAUCAGUCAUUCGGCGGUGCCGAGCGGUCCCGGAAGUUCAACCAGCGCCACGACUCGCGACAGUAACAACAACGCCAUGGACGGAGACAACCUGCUGAAGCUGGCGCUGAAGAAGCCCAAAUCGUGGAAGUGGGAACUGACCACUUCGAGUUCAUCGCCCAGCAUAAGCUUCCCGAAGAUACAGCUGUUUGACAGCCGGACUGGGGAACUGAUGGUGCAGGUGGAUAAACCGGAUUGUGUGGUGAAGAGCGAAGAGUUGAUCGGCAGUGGUGAUGGUUCGGAACGGUCGCGCAGUUCACAGGAGCGGAAGGGGCGUGAUCAGCGAUAUCGAAGGUCUCGCAGUACGUGUAUUCGCGAGAAGGUGACAACGUCCAGUGAUUACUUGAGUGAUGUGUUUGCACAGCUGCAGAACAAGGGAUUGGGUCACAAGUUGGCUACCAGUGUUACGCAGUACCGAGUGGAAGAGACAGAAGAAGAAGUCGACACGGGUGGAUAUGGCUUGCAGAAGAGUCAAUCGGCUAGGGAAAUUCGUAGAAGUGCGUCGGUGGAACAGAAGAGGAAGAUUUUGAAGUCUCCUUCUAGUCGAUCGGGUUCCAUGUUGGGUAGAAUUAGUGAGUGUUACAAAAGUUCGACUGAGGAGGAACCUCCGCAACAACCUGAAGCGCCUCCAGCACCAGCGCUUGCUCCAACGAUACCGGAGAUCAGCGAAAUAGUGGAAGAACCUCAACCAAAGCCAACCCCAGAAGAAGAGAACAAAAACAAGAUAUACAAAUUGGUUAGAAGCAAUGUCGGAACUCUCAUCGUUCGAGAAGAAAGCUUCCACACGCAGCGUAGUUUACGGAGGCGAAGGCAGCAGCUGCAGGAGCAAUCGACAAUUCCAGAAGGCGAACCGCAGGUGGACAAGCGGAUUACCAUCAGUGAUAUUCCAGACUCUAGCUAUAACGAUACGAUCAGAGAGAUCGACAGUCUGAUAUCGAAGGUGAUGCUCUCGCACAAUCUUCAGGAUGUGCACGAAUCGCGUUCUAUCCAAUCCCGCGGAAGGUCCUCCACGCAGCAAAACGGAGAAGUGGAAUCAGUUCGGAAGAGGCGAGCUCGAAGAAGUGCCAGUGCGGGAAGCAAUGCCAGUAGUUGUGGAAGCAGGCGAGGAAGAAAUUCGCCACUGGUGACUGCACCGACGGGGUCAUCUUCGUCGGAUGAAGAUUUGGUUUCGCUGGCGGAGAGUCGCUUCGGGUCGCUGAAGCGAAGAGGACGAGCCAAGUACAAACGGAACAGUACGGGUCAGGUCCACGAGGUCUACAGCGGACUGGUCAACGGUGUCAGCAGGCAGCAUGAAUCUAACGUGCGGCGUUCCACCACCGUUAGCUCCAACAACAGCACCACCGUCGAAAUCGAAGAAUGUGAAUCCGUUUCGCUGAGCAGCUUCCAAUCGAAUAGUGCCCCUGGGAGCCAGCAGACCACCAUCGUAUCGGAGAAAUCAUCGUCCACCUCGCUGUCAACGCUUUCACCUCCCUCGCCGGCUGCGGAGACUUGCGGCGAGGUCAGUUCGAGCAGAUGGGGAGCGAGACCGAGCAAAGCGGAUACUGUGAUCAGAGACUGGGAACGAGUGCAGGAGCAGGCAACUACGAAGGUAUCUAGCGUUAGGAAGGAUGAUGUGGAAACGAAGAUUGACUGCUUGGAAGUAGAAUGCGUGGAUGCGAUGACAGUUGAUGAAACGAAAUCUCAGCUGCAUUCUCGGGGAAUGGAAUCGAAUGAUGACGAGAAAAUGACAGCCACAGAAGCUGUUGUUGUUGCGUCGACGGAGGAAAAAGUUGAUGAGACGGUGAUAAAUCAAGUCGAUGAAUGCAGAUAUGAUAAUCCGGAAACAGGAAAUACAGAUACUAAAACGCCGGAAAUUAUAUUGAACGGGAUAAAUGAAGUGAGUAAUGGAUACGAUGACGCCAAUGUUCAAACAAGAGACCAAGAUAGGUCAAAGCAUGAUGCAGUCACUGUAGAAUUACAAAAUUUGAAUUCCACGAGACUUGAUGAAAGUAAAUCUACAAGCAGCUUUCAACGAAACUUAGCCAAAGACUGCAUAUCUUCUAAAUACGAAAAAAAUCUGAACGUCACAUCCCGUGACGUUUCUCGCAGGUCUCCCACCAAUAUCCAACGAUUUGGAUCCUUCAAGUUUCCGCGUCACAUCGAUGGAUCCAACGUAUCUUCCUCCAGCCUAGCCUGGUCCUAUCUACCACAACUGACUACAUCGCACUCCACUUCGUCCCUCUCGUCACUCCGAUCCAACAGUGGCCACGCCGCAACCUCAUCCCAGUCUCCAGUGCAACGCCGUCAGCUGAAAUCCUACGCUCAACGUCACCAUCGAUCCAGCUUCCAUGUAGUGCCGAACUGAACCAAAAGCAUCAACCUACCCUAAAAACUAAACCCAAACGAAUAAAUUUAAUGUUGAAA